AUGCAAUUCUAGAUUAUAAUGACAUUGCACUUCUCUAAAAUUAAGUAAAAUAAAUAGAUUUAAAUCAUUAUUAGUGUUUUAUGCUUAAUUCAUCAUUUAUAUAUACAAUUUGAUUAGUUCCUAAUUCAGGUUAAUACAUUCCUAAUGAAAAUAAUCACAUAUUCUAAGUUAGUUUUCAUUAAUGCAUUACAUAUUUAAUUGAAAUAACUUUUGAAAGCUUCCUUACUGUGA